CGCCUCCGCUGCUGCCCACCCCGCCGCGCCGCUGGCGCCGCCGGUUUUGUAGGCGGCCGCCGUGGAGGGGCGGCCAAGAGAGCGGAGCACGAGGAGGCGGGGGCGGCAGAGAAGUGAUGCUGGCGCCGGGGAUCGGGGCAGCGGCAGCGAAGCAGCAUCAUCUUCGGGACCCUGGCUGCAGCAUCCCUGUGGCCCGCGCGCCAGCCCAACGGCCGGAGACCAAGCGUCCCGCGGACCCAGAAAAGACGCUUCAAGAGCUGCUCGAUCCAGGAAUGGAGAGAUUUUGUGAAGACAAGGAUGCUUCCUAAAAUGAGGGCAGAAGUUUCCAUCAUAGGAGUUCUCUUGCUGUGCUGCUGGGUCCUCAGAAGUGUUCUAGAGAUCGCCUCUUUGAAAGUGGCUAUGCAGUUUGUUCCUGGCAUGGGCACCUUGAAUCUCCUCCUCAGACAGAUUGAGACCAUGCUUGAUUUCCUGUACUUUUAGUAAGAAGAAGGAAAACGCAGCACAUGUGAACCAACAGAAUUAAGAGGAAGAUUUAUGAGGCAUGGAACCCUCCAUCAGAUUUGGAAGAAAGUAGAGUGAGCGCAGAGAUGACAGACAGCCACUAAGGCCCGUGGACAAUCCCACCUCACGCUUCUCUAUCAAACUUUAAGAUUUAUUAGUAAUAUGCUGCCUUUGGAAGAUGAAAAGAAACUAGUGCCAAGGAGGCGUAUUCUUCAAUAUUUGGAAUAGACGUGUUCUCAAGACAAUGGCUUCAAAGGUCUCGUGUUUGUAUGUUUUGACAGUUGUGUGCUGGGCCAGCGCUCUCUGGUACUUGAGUAUAACUCGUCCUACAUCUUCUUACACUGGCUCCAAACCAUUCAGCCACCUAACAGUUGCCAGGAAAAAUUUCACCUUCGGCAACAUAAGAACUCGACCUAUCAACCCACAUUCUUUUGAAUUUCUUAUCAACGAGCCCAAUAAAUGUGAGAAAAACAUUCCUUUUCUUGUUAUCCUCAUCAGCACCACCCACAAGGAAUUCGAUGCCCGCCAGGCAAUCAGAGAGACGUGGGGGGAUGAGAACAACUUUAAGGGGAUCAAGAUAGCCACUCUCUUCCUCCUGGGCAAGAAUGCUGAUCCUGUUCUCAAUCAGAUGGUGGAGCAAGAGAGCCAAAUCUUCCACGAUAUCAUCGUGGAGGACUUUAUUGACUCCUACCAUAACCUUACCCUCAAAACAUUGAUGGGGAUGAGAUGGGUGGCCACUUUUUGUUCAAAGGCCAAGUAUGUCAUGAAAACCGACAGUGACAUUUUUGUAAACAUGGACAACCUUAUUUAUAAAUUACUGAAACCCUCCACCAAGCCACGAAGAAGGUAUUUUACUGGCUAUGUCAUUAAUGGAGGGCCAAUUCGGGACGUCCGCAGUAAGUGGUAUAUGCCCAGGGAUUUGUACCCAGACAGUAACUACCCACCAUUUUGUUCGGGGACUGGCUACAUCUUUUCAGCUGAUGUGGCUGAACUCAUUUACAAGACCUCACUCCACACCAGGCUGCUUCACCUUGAAGACGUAUAUGUGGGACUGUGUCUUCGAAAGCUGGGCAUACAUCCUUUCCAGAACAGUGGAUUCAAUCACUGGAAAAUGGCCUACAGUUUGUGUAGGUAUCGCCGUGUUAUCACCGUGCAUCAGAUCUCUCCAGAAGAAAUGCACAGAAUCUGGAAUGACAUGUCAAGCAAGAAACAUCUCAGAUGUUAGGAUUUUUACCAAUGGAAAUACAUUUCUUUUCUUUUUUUAAGAAAUGGGACCUAAGGUGUUGGUAUUUUCCAGGUGUCAGGGGAAAUGAACUGGUGAAGGGGUUUUGUAAAGUUUUUGCUUCCUGCUAUAAGUUCCUUUCUUGGAUUACCAAUUUACAAAUGUUAGACUCUGGUCAUAGAAACAAUAAAUGAGUUAGAAUAGCCAGAUUUCAUUCUCAGUCCCAGGGCAUUGCUAUUUGUCUCAAAAAGUGACUUCCAAAUAACUCCUAGGAUUGAUGUACUGUGCAUUUGAGAUAAAAAUUUGGUUCUGGGAAACUGAAACUCACAAUAAUGUGUUUGUAUCAUCUCUGCAAAAAUUAAUACAUAAACAGAAACCAUUUUCAAAAGCAAUUCAGAAAGGAUACACAGUCAGGAAGACACACUAGAUGUGAUUAUUAAUAUCGUGCGUGUUGUUACAUUAUAAUUUUACAUAUAUUGCCAUGUAAUGUGUACAGUAUUUGCAGUUCCACCAAGAAAUGAACUUGGUAGCUGCAGAGAGGCUGCAGCUAAAUAGAUGGGAAUUUAAACUUGAGAAUCAAACAUUGUAUGUGUUUGGAAGACAACUCUGCUCGCUUAUCCAAGGAUUAAACCUGGUCAACGGGUGGAAUGUAUAUAAAACGCUACUUAACAAAGUAAACAAAGAUUUUUUUUCUUUUUUCUUUUCUUUAUUUUUUUUUUUUUUUGCUCUUUCAGAACAAACAUGAAAUGGUGCCUCCAAGGAAACUUUGCCAAAUGUAAUCUCACCUGCUUCCUUCCAUGCAGUGUCGCUAAGUGCAUUUCACAGUUUCUGUAUCUGGCAGGCAUAUGUCUCUAUGUAUAAAAUAUGUUGGUUGGAGGCCAGAGAACAAUAAAUCACAUUGACAAAAUACAAAUUUAGGUAUUCAUUAUAAUUAACGUAAGCUUAUCAAUAGUAUAAGAUCCCCCCCCCACACAUUUGCAAAACACGUGAGAAAAUCUUUAAGGGUGUCAAUAUUAUUGAAAGACUUGGCCCUAUUGCUAACCUCUGAAAACACCAGAACAUGUUCAGCAGCAAUGCUGUUAUGAGGUAUUCUGGGGGCUCUGUGAUUGAGGUUCAUGGGCAGGAAGAAUGGGGAAGGCUGGGUUUGGGUCCCAUUGAUGCCCUCAAACUUAUUGGGCCCUGUGAGUGGGCAUUGUAAUCUUGCUCUGCUUCAAUGUGUUCAUUUAUAAAAAUGGCUGUAAAAAACACCUACCUCACAGCUGCUGUGAGAGCGAAUUGCAUUUGCUAAGUAUUUUGAGAUCCUUAGCUUAAAAGGUGCUACAUAAUGCAAUGUAUCAUGCAUUAUACUAGAUGCUAAAAUAAUUGUAUAAUUACAAUGAUGGUCAUUAGUAGCAGUAACAUCAUCUUAAUAUAACAUCUGCCGAAAUAAAGAUCAGCUGUGAACUAUCAGUGCAUCUAA